AAUUCCUGUCUAACUUGUUUUUCAAACUUAAUUUAUUAUAUUUGUUAAUUUUCUAAAAAAAACGCAAAAUUAUAGAUUUCAAUAGAAAUAAUAGAUUUCAAAUCCGAUAAAGUAAAAUUAUACCUUUAUUUUUAUAUAUUUUUGACAUUAAAUAAUAUGGUUAAAGUUUGGAAGUUAGGUCUUAUGAGUUACGAUACCGCCUUAAAAAUUCAGUUAACUAUUGCUCGAAAACACUUGGAUGCUGUAAUGAAAGGCAUAGAAACAAAUUAUGAUACGCUUCUUCUUGUGGAACACAAACCUGUUUAUACUGUCGGUAUAAGAGACGAAACCCCAAAAUCAGACGUUCUAAGGCUCAGAGAGCUUGGUGCAGAGUUUAAAAAAACAAAUAGAGGUGGCCUCAUCACGUUUCAUGGUCCAGGACAACUUGUUGCAUACCCCAUCAUAAACUUGAAACAUUUUAAACCCAGUGUAAAAUGUUACGUCCACAACUUAGAAGAGACUGUAAUUCAAAUAUGUGAUGAAUUAGGUAUUAAAGCGAACCGGUCACCACAUACUGGUGUAUGGGUAGAUGAUAACAAAGUAGCAGCUAUUGGUGUACAUGCAUCGCGGUACAUUACCACUCAUGGUAUUGCAUUAAAUUGUGAUAAUGAUUUGUCGUGGUUCGAUCAUAUAGACCCUUGUGGGAUUAAAGAUAAAGGUGUAACAUCACUGACCAAAGAAACAGGCUUAAAUUGUUGUGUAGAGAAAAUGACACCGUUAUUUUUAAAGAAAUUUGACAAAGUUUUUGACUGUAAAUGUGAAGAGCUAGAUACAAAUGCUCAGGAGGAUAUAUUGAAUUCGGUCUAUAAUAAUUUAUUAACUCAAACUGUUAUAUGAAACUAGAUAGUUUAUUUUUUUAUGAUAUGAUCUGCUUCAGAGUUAGUCAAAAGAAGUUAGGUAUUUAUUUAUCACAAAUAUUGUUUAUUGUUGAAAUAAAAAUAAAUAAAAAUUUGUACAAGUUUAUUUCAUUUGUAAAUUUAUAAUGAAAAAGUAAUAAAUAAGUAAAUUAAUUAAAUUAAUUUCAAUAAAUAAAGUAGAAAUCUCAAGUUGGGUUGAGAGAAACUAUUAUAUUUUAUGACUAUAAUAUGUACGAAAUGGAGUUAAUACAUUAGUCCUCUAUAUAUAUUUGUUUCUACAAAACCCAACUGAAAGUUCUCAAACAUAUGUUUUAGAAUCGUUAGAAAAUGGAUUGCGCAAUAAUAUAUUUACAAAAAUAAUUUUAUUGUUUAAUUUGUUACGAGAAAUAAGGGAUCAUGAAAAUAUGUUACGAUAGCACAAAUAAUGAAAUGAUUUCCUAUAAAUAACAAUAUGUUAGUUAAGUGAUUUUUUCUAUAAAUUAAUAACUAACUAUUAAUAUAACUAACCAUACUAUCAGAAUAUUCCCCUUAAACCAUUCAAUUUCGUCACAAUUAUACUGAUUCGUUAGUUUUCGGGGACUAUUCCAAACAAUGUUUCAUCUAAUUUGAUGUGUACCUACUCAAUAAUUGUACAAUAAACUGGUCCGAUACUUAUUCUAAUAAAUGCAUUCCCUUAAUAAUAUAUAUUUUCCUUUAACUGCAGUAUUAAAGGAAAAUAAAUAACCUAUCUGUUUGUUACUAAUAUUGGCUAAAGGCAA